AUGAACGCCAUCCAGGCGGGCGAAGAUGCUGUGGGACUGACACAGCCCGUCUUCCACCACCCCAGCCAGCCAGAGCCCCCCAAGCUGAGCGUUUCCGACUCUGGAUCCCCGGCUGUCCCCAACUCCCUGGCCACCACCAACUCCCUGGGCACCACCAGAUCCCCAGCUGUACCCAACUCCCCGGCCACCGCCAGCUUCUCCCAGUCUUCUUUGGGCGAGAAGACAAAGGAAGCCCUGCCCUCAGCUGGUCAGCUGCCCCACCUAGCAGCCCAGCAGAACAAGGUUGCCAUCUCUGAGCUCAAGUCGUGCCUGCAGCGGGCACGGGAACUGGGUGUGCAGGUCCAGGCGCUGAGAGCUAGUGCCCAAGAGGAUGCUGGGGCAACCAGCACGCCAGGGGCUGAGGAGCCUCCCAAGCAGUCAUGCAGUGAGAAGGCGCCUGCCUACCAGCGCUUCCACUCGCUGGUGCAGCCCGGGCCUCCGGGGCUGGUGCUGCCCUUCAAGUACCAGGUGCUGGCUGAGAUGUUCCGCAGCAUGGACACUGUGGUGGGCAUGCUGCAUAACCGUGCCGAGACAGCCACCUUUGCCAAGGUCCAGCGGGCCGUGCAGGACCUGACACGCAGGCGCUUCGAGGAGCGCAGCAUUGGCCAGAUCAAGGCUGUGUAUCCCGACUGCUACUGCUUCCGCCAGGAGCGCAAUGUCCCCACCUUCAAGGACGGCGUCCGGAGGUCGGACUACCAGCUCACCAUCGAGCCAGUGCUGGAUCAAGAGACUGGUGCCACCUCAGCACUCACGGCCUCACGCCUCCUGCAGCGGCGGCAGGUCUUCAGGCAGAAGCUGGUGGAGCGGGUGAAGGAGCACCACAGGGUCUUCCUGGCCUCUCUGAACCCCCCCUUGGUGGUGCCUGAGGACCAGCUGACCCGCUGGCACCCACGUUUCAAUGUGGAUGAGGUGCCGGACAUCGAGCCAGCCGUGCUGCCCCAGCCGCCCACCACCGAGAAGCUCACCACCGCCCGGGAGGUGCUGGCCCGGGCCCGCAGCCUGAUGUCACCCAGGAUGGAGAAGGCCUUGAGCCAGCUGGCCCUGCGCUCUGCCGAGCCCAGCAGCCCCGAGUCCCCCUGCCCAGCCCUGCCGGCUACCCCACCCGCCACCCCGCCCAGCGCCCUGAAGGGGGUGUCCCAGGACCUGCUGGAACGCGUCCGGGCCAAGGAGGCACAGAAGCAGCUAGCACAGAUGACACGGCGCCCAGAGCAGGAGCAGCGGCUGCAGCGGCUAGAGCGGCUGCCUGAGCUGGCCCGCGUGCUGCGUGGCAUCUUCGUGUCAGAGCGCAAGCCAGCACUCAGCAUGGAGGCGGUCUGCACCAGGAUGGCAGGCAGCUGCCGCGCUGCCCUGAGCCCUGGCGAGAUGGAAAAGCACCUGCUGCUUCUCUCUGAGCUGCUGCCCGACUGGCUCAGCCUCCACCGCAUCCGUGCUGACACCUACAUCAAGUUGGACAAGGCCGCUGACCUGGCUGCCAUCACAGCACGCCUGGCCCAACAUGCCCGCAUCGAGGAGGGGCUGUGAGCCUGGGGGCCACUGUGG